AUGGUUGCAGCUGUUCUUCUUUGCAGGUGCAUUCUAGCAGCCAUCAGCUUCUUUUGGGAGCAGAGCUUCACCCAGCACAUUGCAGGUCUGCUCUUCCUGACUCUGGUG